AGAGGGUAGGCACUAGAGUCAUACACAUUUACUAAUUCAUGUUCUGCUUCUCCAGAAGUGACUUCAGCAAUUGCCUCACACAUAUGAGCACAGGUUUCCCUGAAUGAGCAAUGGCCGCAUGACCCUGAGCAGUGCUGGAGGGAAACACUGCAGUCACUUUGUCACAUGGCAGUGCUGAGCCUGGAAACACGGGGUUCCAAAACCAGGGAAUGUCACCUGCUGCUUCCCAGGCAUUGUCCCUCGGUGCUCCCCAUGGAGCGGCUGCCCUCGGGAUUGUGCCACAUGUCACCAGGUGCCACCAAAGCCACUCCAGCACUGCCCUCCUCAGCUGGACAGCGAGGAGAAUACAACAAAAGGUUCACGGGCGAAGAUAAGGAAUUUCUACAUUUGAAAUGCAGGCACAGUUAAAUAGCCUGGAGCACACCGGUCCUAAAGAGCCGUCAAUACCUUUUCAGCCGUGUUUCUCGUGUUUUAACAAGACUUUUUAGAAAGGGAAAUUAUCUGCUCUUCUAAACGUUUGUUUCUGACUCAUGUAUUUCACAGCAGGUUUCUCAUUUCUUUCUUUCUCCUCCAAGUCCCCCUGACACAGCAGAGGCUCAGGGGGUGUGUCCAGCACACCUGGCGGGUUCUGUCCUGGUAAGAGCAUCGCUCGAAGUCCCGGACCGCUCCAGGGAAAUCUCUGCAAGCGGAGCUCUGUCCCGGGGCACUCCGGGGGGAGCCGGCAGCUCUGCCACGCCCGGUCCCGGCCCCUCCGGCGGGCGGAGGACGCGGGCCCGCGGGGCGCGGGCGGGGCGGCGCUGGCGGUGCUGCCGUGCCCUGCCCCGCCGAGGCUCUGCCCCCGGAGUGAUGCCGGUUAUUUAUCGCGCUGCCCAGCACGGGCUGUCCCCGGGCUCGGUGUCCCCUUUCAGCGCCGGCCGCGUGUCCUUGAAGCGGCGGCGGUGGCCGGAGCCUCGCCCGGAGCCUGCCGAGCACCCGCAGCAGCGAGCCCGGGCACCGCUAACCCAGCCCCGGGUCCCCUUUCACAGGCACCGCUCUGUGCUGGGAACGCCUGGGAGAACUCUGCCCGAUGCCCUCAGAACAUGUCUGAUUGGACAAGUCUGUGGUACGUCUGGCUGCUCUUGCUGAUGGUGUUCCUGCUCCUGCUCUGCGGGGUCUCAGCGAGCUGCAUCAGAUUCUGCUGCCGCAAGAAGAGGCUGCCAGUGGAGCCCUUCCCUCGGCACCCCUGCGACCUGGCAGCAAUCGGCAUCGACGGCGACAGCACUGCCCACAGCACAGUGACCUCAUACAGCUCAUGGCAGUACCCUCCAAGCAUCCAGAUUCCCUCGGUAUUUGUGGAUAUGGAUAAGAACACUGUGUCCCCUCCAGCUUACAGCCUCUAUGCCAUGGACCUGCCACCCUCCUACGAUGAAGCUGUUCAAAUGGGAAAGCAAGUGGCACGGACAAACCAGAAACUCAGUGACAUCCCUGGACAGGUGACACCAGGUGGGCUCAAUCCCAGCCAGUCCCCGCCUGACACAAUCAGCAGAGAUCCAGCAACACGGGCAAAUUCAGAAGAUUCAGAAGAUGUCACAAAGGAACAGCCACAGGUCUGACUCCGUUCACAUGGGGAGUAAAGUAAGGGAAGGA